UAGCUUUCGUGUGCUAUAAUCAUUUUAUUUCGCGGCCCGUCGAAAAUGGACAUCACUGGAAUCGCAAUCAACUCGAUUUCUUAUCCAUUAGACAAGAGGUCUCCAAUGGCACUUCUAACUAAUACAGCUACACAAUACAACAAUAAUCAGUUUGCUGAAGAUGGAUCUUCUGCUUUGAAAAGAAGAAGAGUAGAUUUAGCGCUAAACAGAAUGAACAAACUUGGGAACAAAGCUGACAGUAUAGCGCAUGGUGAAAAUGGUCUAUUGCAUGUCGGACUAGGGGCUAAGAUCGCUGAAACUGUGAAACGGAAGCUAAGCUUCGGAGCUCGGUUUCUUCAAGUUGGUGGAUUCGAGAAAAUAUUUAAGCAAUUAUUUCGGGUCACAGAAGGAGAGAAACUACUAAAGGCUUCUCAAUGCUAUUUGUCGACUACAGCUGGUCCUCUAGCUGGCCUUCUCUUCAUCUCCUCGGAAAAGAUUGCGUUUUGCAGCCGAAAGUCGAUCAAGUUUUCCUCGCAUAAUGGAGAAAUAAUCAGAUCCCGUUAUAAGGUUGUGAUCCCAGUAAGCAAGAUAAAGAGAGUAAACCAAAGUUUGAAUGUAAAAAAACCAUCGCAGAAGUACAUAGAAAUAGUAACAGUUGAUAACUUCGAUUUCUGGUUCAUGGGUUUCUUGAGUUACAAGAAAUCUUUCAAGUAUGUCCUACAAGCAGUUUCUCAAGCGUAGAGGAAGUUGAAAGCAGAAUUGCCUAUUUCAUGCAGCUCAGCUUUAACGCAUAUAAUCUUU